AUGGGCGCAGGGGGAGGUUCUGAGUGUCCCGAGGGUGCCUUCCGGGUACUGCGCUGUCGUUCGCACACAUUCUGCACACACCCUCAUGCUCACUCGCUGAUCCAGAUCCGCAUCUUGUUGUCCUUUUCGGGCUCUCUCUCCGUUACUGCCGCCCCAAUCCCUUCACUCCCAGUUCCUGACAUAGCGGCAUCAUCACUUUGGCUACCGACACUUUCUUCUGCCACUCAAUCUUUGCCAUCGCUGGACCCCUUGGCAGUAUUCCUUGACACCGAACCAACGCCCUCCAGUCUGUUCACACGAACGAAAACUACUUGUCGGGAUCACUAUACGGCUGCCAGGAACCGCUUUCAUAUUCCCCCUCCACCCGCGGCUUCCCCCCUCGAGGUCUUGCUGUACAAUGAGGACGGCGACAUUACCGAGACGUCGAUACGCAACAUUGCCUUCGUGCGUCGUUCACCACCACGCUGGGUGACACCUUCAGCUUCCACCGGGUGUCUGCCUGGCGUAAUGCGCCGUUGGCUACUCGAACACGGUCGGAUAGUCGAGGCUGUCGAAGGCGAGCUCAAGCGGGACGGGGUAGUCGAAGGAGAGUACGUUCUGACUUUCAAUGGAGUUGAGGGUUGUCGUAUAGGACAAAUCAGGUUCAAUGAAUGA